AAAAAAAAUUAAAAAUAUCAAAAUUCCAUUUUGUUUCCUAGUAAAUAUCGAUUUCAACUUCUAGAUGUAAAAUUAUACACUCUUUUCGUUGUUUCUUUGAUGUUAUCAAAUCUUCUACAACUCACAUUGUUUUUGUUUUGCUUAUUCGACUUUCUUGUUUGAAUUUUUGGUAAAAGCUUCGAAUGGGGACUCCAACCCCUAAAAUCAAUCGGUUUUUUGCUUCUUCUAGCCCGAAGAUUGGUCCGGAUCCAUCUUUCGAUUUGAGUGAAUUCACUCAAUCUCCUAUUAAGAAAGAUGGAAAACAACAUAUUGUUACCCCCAAGGUAGUUCAACAAAAAAUGGUUACACGAAGCAAAGGCAAACGGAAGGGGAAAGAAAUUUCGCUUGGAAUGUCAAACGAAAUCGGUUCUGAUUCUGAUUUUGAAGAUGAAUUUGCUUCUCCUUCUUCUAAGAAAAAAAAGGUUGACAGUGGUAAAACAUCUAAUCCGAAGAAAGAAAAUGAGUUUCAUAUUGUUUUACAAAAAGAUGUUAAAAAAGGUCAAACAUCAAAGAGAAACCUUGCAAAACCGAAAUUGAAGGUAAAGAAGGUUCAAACCAGAUUUUGUACUUACACCAACAUCAAAGCUAUUGAGCAUAUAAAGUUGCGAUUAAAGUCUAAGAAGCAAUUGCAGAUGUUUAGGGAGUCCCCAUUUGGUCAUUUUCUUGAUUUACCGAAUAUCAAGGUUCACCCACAACUCAUUCGCAGCUUGAUGUAUGCGGAGACUGAUAAUGAUAGAGAUGAUAUGUUUAUCAUCAAGUUGAAUGGAGAAGAGCUCUUUUUUGGCAUAAGAGAGUUUGCCAUUAUUAGUGGUUUGAAAUGCGGCAUGCCGAGUGAAUUUGUUCCGGGCCAUAAUUCACCAAAUAGGUUAAUGAAUAGUUACUUUCCCAAUCAACAAAAGGUACUCAAGAGUGAGUUGAUAAGUUUUUAUGAAGGAAGCAUUUGUGUGGGUGAUGAUAAUCUUGUAAAAAUGUCCAUUUUGUAUUUUAUUAGCACAUUCCUAUUCUCAACUGAGCCUUCCAAAUCUUACGUAUCUAGGCUGCACUUUGACUUAGUUGAGAGUGGUGAAUAUAGGAACUAUUCGUGGGGAAACGAUUGUUUUAACGAAACACUUUCUUCUGUUAGUCACCAAUUGAGUGGUGAUCCAUCGUAUUAUAGGGUUGGGGGCUUUCCACUUGCUUUGCAGGUUUGGUUUUAUGAAUGUUGCUCGAAGGUUGAUCCUUUUGUUGCUACUCGUAUUCGAAACUACAUUCCUCGUAUUCUUAAUUGGCAAACAUCCCAAGAUAUAUUGUACUUUGACUAUCUGAAGAGGGGGAUGUUCAAAACUUAUGGGAAUCAGGUGGUUUUUUCCAACAUCACACCAGCAAACGAUGAAUUUCCACUUCUCAUGAGUUACCAGAUCUGCCACGACCACGUACUACUACAAGUGAUACACCAUUUGUACAUGGUUCUUUGUUUGAGGCAUUGAAGAAUGUGGUUGUAAAUGUUCGUGAAGAUUUGAAACUAUUUCAGAAGAAGAGGAUGAUUUUAAACAGUUGAAGCAACACUUGGAUAAAUCAAUAUUGGACAUACUUACAGAGAUCAAGUCCUUACAUGGCAGGCAGACGGAAAAUAAUGAAUAUGAGGGUACUGGAGGUGUGAAGGUUGUAGAUGGAAAAAGAAUUUAUAGUGGUGACCAGAAUGACAAGUAUCAUGACAUACUAGCUGAGGUUGAUGAACAAGCGGCUAAGGGUGCGGUUGGUGGGCUUGAUGGAAGUGUGCCAAUAUCUGGUCAAGCUGCAGUAUAUUUGAAGACCCAUACUGGUAUGCAUGCUGGGAUUGGUGAAACAUGUGAUAAUGAUCAAGAUGAUGUAGAAGCAUUGAAGAGUCUACAUGAACAAGAAGAAUUGAAGAUUCAAGUUGGUGUGCAUGAUGGGUUUGAUGGAGCCGGUGAUAAUUGUCUAUUUCAUCAACAAGCCUCAAUAAAUCAUACUGAACAUGUUCCUAAUUUAGAUACUUCUUUAGAUGAUGUGGUUGUUGGAAUUGAUAAAAUGGGUAGUUUGUGCAAUUCUGUCUCCAAAACCCCAACUCUUGAUGACAUUGAAUUGCCUGCAUAUAGCGAGACCCAGAUUGUUGCGAUUGAAAACAGUUACUAUUCUAACAAUGACACUCCUGAACAACAGCCAAGACUCAGAAAGACUGGAAAAUACAAAUCAUCUCCAUAUGUUGGUUUUAGUUCAGCUGGCAGCAGCGCGGGUAAAUCACCUAUAUAUUUCAACAUAAAACAUCCUUUUGCAAAUAACAAUGGAUUCGAAGUUGAUGAUGCACUGCUCAAUGAAUUUACAUCUUGGGUAUAUGCUAAAGUCUCUAAACGGAAGAACAGAAUUUCAGCAUACACUUCAAAAGACAACAAGAUUGUCAAUCCUUAUGAUUUAGGAGUUAAGAAAGUUGACAAAAUGGAGUGGUUCAACAAUGUCAUUCAAACUGGGAAAGCGUGGGAAGACUCGGUAUGUUGUCUCCAGACUUUUUAUUUGUUUAUUUCAUUUUGUUUUUGCUGUAUGAAAAAUACUUUCAAGCUUAAUUUUUGGGUGUCGUAAGAAUGGUAGUUUAUGUUGAGAUGGCAUUAGGAUAUGCGUGUGGCCAUUGUUGACACAAGUGCUAUGUGGAUUAUAUAAUUUGGCGUUUAUAUGUAUGAAAUUUGUGUGGAAUGUUGUUUGGAGAUAUCCAUAUGUGUAUGAAAUGUGCAUAUCAGUAUGCAUAUUAUAAAAACUGAUAUAUGACUGUUAAACUGAAUACUUAAUAACAGAAAUUCUUUACCAUUUUACUUAUAUUUUAAUUGACAUUCUUUUUUCAGCAUGUUGAUGUCAUUAUGUAUUACUUGAGGAAAAAAGCAAAGUAUGGUCCAAAUAACCCAGUGAGAUACACAACAACAGAUUGUUUUUUCAUAAAGUGGGUUGAGGCUAUCCACAAGCAGUACAAGGAAUACAAAAAUGAUAAGCGUUUUAUUACUACUGAGCAUAAUGUGGCAAAAAUUAUUCGUGGGUUUAAAUUGAUUGCAAAUAUUGCUUGGGAUACAGUUGAUAAUGUGCUCAUCCCAGUCAAUAUAAGCGAAGAAUACCAUUGGGUGUUGGUUGUUUUAUGUAUUAAAAGAAGGUGUUUCUAUGUAUAUGAUUCAUUCCCGGGUGGGGCUAUGCAUACUAAUUCAAUUCGAGAAGUUGUUGAAAGGCUGGCCACCAUGAUGCCUCUCUUUUUCAAUUGCACUGGAUUUUAUGGGAAAAGGAAUGACAUAAACUGGAUAACUGAACCAGCAUAUGUUGGGAAGAGCUUUGAUGAUCCUUUCGAAUAUGUCUUUGUGGAUCAUUUGCCAGAACAACAUCCGGAGUCUAAUGAUUGUGGGGUUAUACACAUAUGCAUUUGCUGAAUAUAUCAGCCAAGGUGUAUUUGAAAUUUCAGAAGAAGAUUUUGAUGCCGCUCUUCAUCGUCGGAGGUAUGGUGCCCUGCUGUGGGAUUAUGCAAGAAAAAAGCAGGUUGAUGGAGCUAUUAGUGAGAGUGAAGUAACAGGAAAUGUUACCAGCAGAUUGGGUGGUCCAAAAAUUUGCAAGGAACCAGUACCUGAAAGGGAGAAAUUGCCGAGACUGAAACGAAAAGUUUAGAAUUCUUAGAAUUAGUGACUAGUUAUUAGUUUGUUGGUGUAAGAAAGAUGAUUUUGUUGAUGUUGGCCUAAGUAGUUGACUGAUUUUGUUGGUUAAUUAAGUCUGA